GAAAAUAAAAUAAAUAUAUUAAUGCAUGAACCCGAAUCCACCGCCUUGAGUUGUGAGUCUCUUUCAGUCACAGCACAGAGGAAGAGCACACUGCACAGAUCUGGGUGGUGACUGAAGGGAUCUACCCUCUUUCAUUUCUCAUCACUAUUGUUGGGUCUGAAGGCUCAUUGCCAUUAUCAUGUCAAGGAGGCCAGGAAAUCCUUCACGUCGGUUAGCUGAUGAUGGAAGUAUACCAUUUGUGGCGUCCAUCCAGUCCAAAUCUCAAAACUCUCCCCUCCUAUCUAUUGGGCUUGUGAUUGUGGGUGCAAUCUUCUUGAUUGGUUAUUUUUACAGCAGUUCAGGUGGAGCUAGUAGUGAUGUUAAAGAUUUUAGUAAACUUGAAGGUGGUGCAUCAUGCUCAUCAGAAGUCCUACAGGCAUUGCCCGUUUUGAAGAAAGCGUAUGGCGACAGCAUGCAUAAGGUUUUGCAUGUUGGCCCUGACUCUUGUCUUGUGGUAGCUAGUUUGUUAGAAGAAGAGGAUACUGAGGCUUGGGGAAUAGAACCUUAUGAGUUAGAUGAUGUUGGUGCGAAGUGUAAAAGUCUUGUACGCAAGGGCAUUGUGCGAGUGGCUGAUAUAAAGUUUCCUCUACCUUAUCGAGCAAAGUCAUUUUCUCUGGUCCUUGUGUCAGAUGCAUUGGAUUACUUAUCUCCAAAAUACCUGAAUAAAACCCUGCCUGAGUUGGCAAGGGUAUCUGCUGAUGGCGUUGUUAUCUUUGCAGGUUAUCCAGGUCAGCAGAGAACUAGGGGUGAAGAAGUGGCCAAAUUUGGUCGUCCAGCCAAGUUGCGCAGUUCGUCUUGGUGGAUAAGAUUUUUCGUUCAGACUGGUUUAGAUGAAAAUGAAACUGCUGGAAAGAAGUUUGAACAGGCUUCAGUGAAGAAGGCAUACAAACCAGCAUGCCAAGUUUUUCACCUCAAAUCAUUACCUUGAAACUUCACUCUAUUAUUUUUAUACUUCACUUAAUUAAUGCUUACAAGCUAUGCUUUUGAGAUGGCCAUCUUUAGCACCCGAAGGGUAAAGUUCCAUACAUUAUUCUGUUAAAUUAUAGUCCCAUGGUGACCACAUAUGUUAGAUUCAAUUAUUAUGUAUUUUAUUGCCAACACAGUGUAAGCUAUUUUUGUCUUCAUAGUGUUCCACAUGUUUUCUGUUCACAAAUGAUCUUUGUUUCUUCAGUAAAGUAUGUACUGUCUAGGAAACUCA